AUGUACGGCCUUCGGAAUCAGCGCGUACCCGGCAUGCAAGUCCAUGCUGUUCCUGAAGCUGAGCGUGCCAUUGACAGCAGUGGCCGACGUCUUCCAUGGGCGUACGACUACUCUGGACCCGACAGUGGCGAGCGACCGCCCGUCGAGAAAGGCCCGUUUGGAAGAAGUAUGCGUCGGACUAGGAGUGGUUUGUCGAGGUCCAGGUCAAAGACAGCGGAGCCGAGACGAGAGGAAGACAAAAUCAAGGCAGAGAACAUGGCAGCUGAAGAUGCAGUCUUCGGCUCACUGAGAAGAGUCGGGACAAAAGAAGAUGCAGGAAAGAGAGACGCCCUAGGCGAGGUUGAUCCCAAUGCUGCAGGUGCACAAUCGUCCACAAGAUUGUCGACAGCGGAUACUGCAGAUAGCGAGCCGACUGAAGUCUUACUGUAUGGCUUCGGUGAAGAUCUACAGUGGUCUGCAAUUGACUUCUACGAGCGCGUCUCAAACGGCUACAUCCUCGAAGACUACGACCGCCAGCCUCCAGGUCAGCGCUACGAUGUCUCGCGCACAAUGGGACGCGCGCAAGCACAGAGAAGCCUUUCACGAGCGGCUAUGCGCAAGAAGAACAAGUUCGCCGGGGGAGAGCACUGGAUCAAGGUCACAUUUGAGUCGAGGCAAGCAGCUGAACUGGCUAUUGCAAGACAACCACACACGAUCAGAGGAUACUUGGUGUACGCAGAGCCCUACCAAGGCAGAGGACCACAGAAAGAUGAGGCGGUGUUGACUACGCAGGCAGGCGCUCAGAUCACGAGUGAACAGUUGCCUAAGACAUUCUCAACAACAGCAGGGGUUGUCGAAGGUAGUCCCAAUGGGUCUUCCACAGUGUCAUCGGCGACGGCGACAGCACCGACCACAGCAGGUCAGCCGCUACGCAGUCCUCUUGGUGGAGCGCAGGAUUCGCCAACUGCAAGCUCGUCUACACUCAACAACGGACUGGCUGCUCGCCCGGCGGCUGCCACCCCUGCACAGCAACAGGCGACUGGAUUUCAAGCAGCUCCGGCAAGUGUCGCACAACCUCGCCGCCUACGAAUCGACGGAGCCAUCCCCGCGAAGGUUCUCCCGGCCGAACUUGCCCUAGCACCAAAGCAACCCAAGGCGUCCUGGACCUCGUGGAUCGGUGCAAGCGAGAUCAUCGGCUCUGCAGUACCGCGCAAGGAAGAUGGUACAUUCGACUGGGACCGAGCAAGUCUGUACUGGAGGCUUUUUGCGUGGUUGGACUGGGUUCUGGGAACAGACUUGUGCGGGUUGAAGACUGACGACUAA